GAUCAGUUUGGUUCGGUCCUGUUUUGGUUCAGUGUUGAAGCCCUAACGUGGCGCUGCGUGUUACUUCUUCAAACUCUGAAAUCUGACCAAAUCAAGUGCUGCUGCUGCUGCAGAUGGAUACACAUUCCGUGUUUUCUUACCCGUAUGAUCGUGUGCCAGGUGUACAGCCUUGACAAGUCUCCAGCUAUACAUCCAUGGUCUCCGAACUAUUACAAUUGUCGACAUGAAGCCCGAGAGGGAGGACAUCAUUUUUCAUGCUCUCCUCUUGAUCCACAUCCCUGUGGCCUGCCUCUUCACUGCAGUGUCAGGGCAGUCUGACAGCAGCAGCAGUGUAGUGGUGGCAGGGUACAAUGUGACCGCCCCCGCUGGGUCCAGCGUAGUGCUUCAGUGUGUGAGCGGCCGCAUGGUGUGGACCAGAGACAGGGUGAGGGACAGGCAGAGGGUGGUGCACUGGGACAUGUACCGGGCUCGUCCAGACUACGCCAUGGAGAGGGUGCUGGACAUGUAUUCUGAAGGGGGCCAGAGGAUCUACAACUCCUACAACCAGGACAGGGUCGGCCUCAGUCCAAGAGCCUUCAGGGAUGGAAACUUCUCCCUGGUCAUCAAAGACGUGACAAUGAAUGACAGAGGUCUGUACUCUUGUAACCUCCACCAUCUCUACUGCCACCUGUACGAGACAGUCAGAGUGCAGCUCAACGUCACUAAAUCACGUCGUAAAGAGCAGCGCUAUUGGGAUGGACACAAGGCGGUGUACGUGGUGCUGCUUGGCAAUACCGUGGUGCUGCCAUGUAUCAACCGACGUAACGUGUGGACAGACUGGAGCGAGGAGGAGGAGGACCAGCAGGUGGUCCACUGGGACCGUCAGUCCCAAGGAGUUCGCCAUGACCGCGCUGACCGGCUGGUGGACUUGUACGCCUCUGGGGAGCAGCGUAGCAACGGACCCCUAUUCCUCCAGAGGAAGAUGAACAUCAGCAGCCAAGCUUUCUCAGAGGGAGACUUUUCACUUUCCAUAUCUGAUCUGCAGCCCGCAGACCAGGGGAUGUAUUCCUGCCACCUCCACCACCAUUACUGUGGUCUGCAUGAGAGAAGAGAGUUUCAGGUCACAGUGCAAGCACCAGUGAUUCAGACCACCCUGCCAGCCAAAGCCCUACCGAGUGAAGACAAAGACACCGCCAAGGCUGAAUCACCGCGAGUCAUCAAUGUUAUUCUACCCGACCAGAGACACCACUUUCUCCUGCCGCUGGGCUACGUCCUCACCACCUUCCUGCUCCUGGCAUUCAUUAUCCUCAUCAUCAUCCUCAUCACACGCAGGCGUAGCACCAAAGAGUUUUACCCGCAGCCAUCCAUGAGGUCCAGCAGAAGUCAAAGCAGCUCGGAAGAGUUUGAGAUGGACGUUACUGAAGUGAAUGUGAGCAGUCUGGACGAGAAAGGAUUUGACUACAAGAACAACCUGCUGAAAGAGAUGGUCCACGUGAACACUCAGCCUAAAGUCAUUGAUCUUGACAAAGAAAUGCAGAAAUUUUCUAAGUGAGGAAAAGACGAAUAAAAAAUGAAACUGGAGUCACUGGCUGGUCCAGAGGCUGCGCUCCAAACUGAACACCUCCACACUGCCUAAUGUUCAGGCACGAGAGACAGCAAGAGACUAAAUGCAGAAAACCGGUUUAAAAAAAAGCUCACAUUGAGGCCUUGUGUUUUCAAAUUGUCAGUAUUAGGGACCAAGAAAAUUGUAUUUUGUUUUCCUCAAUUGUACUUCAAACAGAAAACUAAAAAGAUUGGACUUGGACCAAUGGCGCCACCCAGAGGGGAGUCUAAACACCGCCUUGUCUGUUAAAUAAUAGAGCAAUGUCUGCAUAUGUUGAAUAAAGUUGUGAUUGAGUGAAUUUGAACUCAGUUGUUACUGCUUCGAUCAUUAUUCCUCAAGUGUAAAAAUAAGAUUUUCACUUCGUUCUUUUCUGUCUUACUCACUAAUCAUCUUGGCUUAACUGACUGGACUGAAGCACCACUGAAGCGCUACAAUCAGUGUGUAGUUACUGCUUCCUGUAGGCUAUGAUAACUGUAUGCUAACUGACCAAUGAAGCAGUGUAUGUAAAACAUGUUUUAUUUUGAUGCUUAGACUGUAUUUGUUGUGGAAUGUGUACUUUUUUACAUGUAUUAAAAUUCAACGUGUGACACUGAUUUUUAACUGAAGUUGGUUAUUCGUAAUUGGUUUGAAGAGAUAACGUUGUCUCUUUGUAUUCAAAUGACGGACAUGUUUAUGUUUAUUGAUUUUUCCCAAAUAAACCAGGUUCAUAGACCUUUUCCACAA